CCCUUGUCUUUUUUGUUUUAAUGUUGAAUUUGCUUCCUCUUCCAAGAGAUAAUGAUGCUUCUACUACAGUCUAUAGCGAACCCUUUGGAAAAAUUCUUUAGUAGUUUUAUGGAUGCAUUCCACCGUGGGUGAAAGUAAAAUUUCCCAAAUCAUGAAAAUCCUAGUCGUUAGUCUUCUUCUCUUCCUUCAGGGUAUUCAAUCAGCGCCAUGGUCUCCGUCUUGUCCUCACGAAUGCUGGUGUCACGAAUCCUACUUGGCCAGCAUAGUCGACGAAUGGCAUCUACUCAAUAAAAUGCAGCCGGAUUCAUCCGCCAGCCCCAAUAGCAGCGCCCUUAAUGACCUAUUAUUCCGUGCCGUAAUUUGUGUCCAACAACACGACAUGGAAAUUGAAACCCUAUUGGCCCGCUUGCCGUCUCAAACCGAGGCCAUGAAGAUUAUCCAAGCAUCCGACGCACCGGAAAUCCGCUUGACGGCCACUCAUUUGUUGAAAUUUGUCAACUUGAGAGCUCUGGGUCUCGAAGGAUCUCAACACUGUCUCAACAACAGGAGUCUAGUAGUGCGCCAUCAAUCAUUUUACAUUCGGAUAGCCUCAAAUCUUUGAUUCAACUUCAAUAUUUGAGUCUUGUCAACUUGGAAUUGCUGGAUCAGCCUUCGCCG